AUGUCCACGCACCUGGGCGGCCAGGCCUUCAGCGCGCGCUCCGCAGCCUUGGCGGGCCGCGGGGCCCGGCCCGGCCACUUCAGCAGCCGCAGCCUCCUGGGGCUGGGCGCCUCGAGGCCCAGCGCGGGGGUCCCCGGGGGCGCCGGCAUCCGCGCCGUCACCGUCAACCAGAGCCUGCUGGUCCCGCUGCAGGUGGACAUCGACCCGGCCGCCCAGCGGGUGCGCCAGGAGGAGCGCGAGCAGAUCAAGACCCUCAACGACAAGUUUGCCUCCUUCAUCGACAAGGUGCGGUUUCUGGAGCAGCAGAACAAGCUGCUGGAGACGAAAUGGGCGCUGCUGCAGGAGCACAGGGGCGCGGGGACCAGCCGCCUGCCCGGCGUCUUCGAGGCGCACAUCGCCAGCCUGCGGAGGCAGCUGGAGGGGCUGCAAGCCGAGGGGAGCCACCUGGAGGUGGAGCUGCACAACGUGCAGGGCAUGGUGGAGGACUUCAAGAAUAAGUACGAAGAUGAAGUUAACCACCGCGCAGCUGCCGAGAAUGAGUUUGUGGUGAUGAAGAAGGAUGUGGACACUUCCUACAUCAAUAAGGUGGAGUUGGAGGCCAAGGUGGAAGCCCUGAAUGAUGAGAUCAACUUCUUGAAGACCCUCUAUGAGACGGAGUUGGCCGAGAUGCAGUCCCAGAUCUCGGAAACGUCCGUGGUCCUGUCCAUGGACAACAACCGCUCCCUGGACCUGGACGGCAUCAUCGCCGAGGUCAAGAGCCACUAUGAGGACAUCGCCAACCGCAGCCGGGCUGAGGUCGAGACCAUGUACCAGACAAAGCUGGAAAACCUCCAGGCCCAGGCUGGCAAGCACGGGGAAGACCUCCGCAACACCCGGAAUGAGAUUGCCGAGAUGAACCGCGCCAUCCAGAGGCUGCAGUCUGAGAUCGACAACAUCAAGAACCAGCGUGCCAGGCUGGAGGCAGCCAUCGCGGACGCGGAGCAGCUCGGGGAGCUGGCCCUCAAGGACGCGCGGGCCAAGCAGGCCGAGCUGGAGGCCGCCCUGCAGAGGGCCAAGCAGGACAUGGCGCGGCAGCUGCGCGAGUACCAGGAGCUGAUGGAUGUGAAGCUGGCGCUGGACAUCGAGAUCGCCACCUACCGCAAGCUGCUGGAGGGCGAGGAGAGCCGGUUGGACGGAGAUGGAGCAGGCGCUGUGAGCAUCUCCGUCGUGAAUUCCACCGGUGGCAGCAGGCUGACCUUUGGGGGCACCAUGGGCAGCAAUGCCCUGAACUUCUCCAGCAGCGCAAGUCCUGGGGCCGUCAAGUUGCACUCCCUCAGGACGACAUCUGUCUCUCGACGGAGUACCCCCAACUGACCCCUCCACACG